GGACUCACCCGUCUCUACCUUCCCAGGCCUGGACCGCCCCAGCAUGAGAAGGGUGCUUCUGCCGAUCCUCGUGGCCUCGCUCCUGCUGCUCUCCCGGGCGUCCCUCGGCGCCGCCCAAAUCCCGGACUUCGACGGCCACGGAGAGAGCGGGCUGAGCCUCCGGCUGAGGCUCCUGCCCUGGGGAGAGGACCGCGGCCCGCGCUGGCUCCGGCUGGCGCCCUCCGCGCCUGCCCCGGGACACCUCGACGGGGUGGCCUUGGUGGGGCGAUCUCUGAUCCGGGCGGGUCCGGCCAGGGAGCUGCGCCGCCGCCUGACGGACGAGCUGAGCGAGCGCCUGAAGCGCCCGGAUCACGAGCUGCCGCUUUCCAUCGACUUACACUUCCACCUCCUCCGCCACCUGCUCGGGAUCGCCAAAGCUGCCAGCCAGAAGGAGCAAGCCGAGGAAAACCGCCUGAUCCUCGACUCCGUGGGCAAGUGA